AAAUGUCUGGUUUAUUACCGUAUUGAAAACGUUUUCACGCCGCUCAAUAAAAUCUUUUGCUUAAGGUUGUAAAAUCGAAUAAUCUUAUAUUUUUAAUAACAAAAAAGUUGAUAAUUAUAAUAACGACAUAUUAAAGGUACAAUUUCAUAUAGAACUUACAUCUUAAAAUAGGUAGCAAUGUCGCUACCACCAUAUAUGAUACCGCCCAAUCCAUGGGCGGCACAACUAAUGGCACAGCAGCAAGCGCAAGCAUACGCUGUGGCUGCACAAGCUCAGCAGGCCCAAUUGCACGCACAACAAAUGGCUAAUCAAAUACAACAAAUACCGCCUCCUGGUGCACCGCUUUCUGCAUCUCUUAGCAAUGGUAUACAAACAUCUGUAAAUAGUGGUAAUUCGCAACCACAGUUAGGCCAGGUGCCUAUUCCAAAACCAGAAAUAAUUACCGAAGAGAAAUUACAGGAAAAAUCUCUAAAAUGGCAUCAAUUGCAAUCAAAACGUUUUGCAGAAAAACGAAAAUUUGGUUUUGUUGAUGCGCAGAAAGAAGAUAUGCCUCCAGAGCAUAUACGAAAAAUUAUUCGUGAUCAUGGUGAUAUGACAUCAAGAAAAUAUCGUCACGAUAAGCGUGUUUAUUUAGGUGCACUAAAAUACAUGCCUCAUGCAGUGUUAAAACUUCUAGAGAAUAUGCCUAUGCCUUGGGAGCAGAUACGUGAUGUACAGGUAUUAUAUCAUAUAACAGGUGCUAUAACUUUUGUUAAUGAAAUACCUUGGGUAGUUGAACCUAUUUACAUUGCGCAAUGGGGCACAAUGUGGAUAAUGAUGAGGCGUGAAAAGCGUGAUCGAAGACACUUCAAACGCAUGCGUUUUCCACCUUUCGAUGAUGAAGAACCACCACUGGAUUAUGCUGAUAACGUUUUAGAUGUUGAACCAUUGGAAGCUAUUCAAAUUGAUUUGGAUUCAGAAGAAGACGGAGCAGUAUACAAAUGGUUCUAUGAACAUAAGCCAUUAAUUGGUUCUCCUUAUGUAAAUGGUACUACUUAUCGAAAAUGGAAUCUAACGUUACCACAAUUAGCCACAUUAUAUCGUUUAGCAAAUCAGUUGUUGACUGAUUUAGUUGACGAUAACUUCUUUUACCUUUUUGAUCCUAAAAGUUUCUUUACUGCAAAAGCGUUAAAUAUGGCUAUACCUGGAGGUCCCAAAUUUGAACCCCUUAUUAAGGAUCAUAACGUUGGUGAUGAAGAUUGGAAUGAAUUUAAUGACAUCAACAAAGUCAUUAUACGACAGCCUAUACGUACGGAAUAUCGUAUUGCGUUUCCAUAUUUAUACAACAACAUGCCGCACUUUGUGCAUCUCUCUUGGUAUCACACACCGAAUGUGGUUUAUAUCAAAACUGAAGAUCCUGACUUGCCAGCAUUUUAUUUCGAUCCCUUGAUUAAUCCAAUAUCACAUCGUCAUGCCACUGUUAAAGUACAAGAACCGCUACCAGAUGACGACGAAGAUUUUUCUUUGCCUGAAGAUUUGCAGCCAUUUUUACAGGACACGCCACUAUAUACUGAUAAUACUGCAAAUGGUAUAGCGUUACUUUGGGCACCGCGGCCCUUCAAUUUACGCUCCGGUCGAUCAAGACGUGCUAUUGAUAUACCUUUAGUUAAAAGUUGGUAUAAAGAACAUUGUCCACCUGGACAUCCAGUAAAAGUCCGCGUUAGUUAUCAAAAACUAUUAAAGUAUUAUGUUUUAAAUGCUUUAAAACAUCGUAAACCGAAACCGCAAAAGAAAAGAUAUUUAUUCCGUUCCUUUAAAGCUACAAAGUUUUUCCAAACAACCACUUUGGAUUGGGUUGAGGCAGGAUUGCAAGUGUGUCGCCAAGGUUAUAAUAUGUUAAAUUUAUUAAUACAUCGUAAAAACUUAAAUUAUUUGCAUUUGGAUUAUAAUUUUAAUUUAAAGCCCGUUAAGACAUUAACCACAAAAGAACGUAAGAAGUCUCGUUUUGGCAAUGCUUUUCAUUUGUGUCGUGAAAUUUUGCGUUUAACGAAGCUCAUUAUUGAUUCACACGUACAAUACCGCCUCAACAAUGUUGACGCCUUUCAAUUAGCUGAUGGCUUACAAUAUAUAUUUGCACAUGUGGGCCAACUUACAGGAAUGUAUCGGUACAAAUACAAACUUAUGCGACAAAUCCGCAUGUGCAAGGAUUUAAAACAUCUUAUUUAUUAUCGUUUUAAUACGGGUCCUGUUGGCAAAGGUCCUGGUUGCGGAUUUUGGGCACCGGGUUGGCGUGUAUGGCUCUUUUUCAUGCGUGGAAUCACGCCUCUACUUGAACGUUGGUUAGGAAAUUUACUUUCCCGACAAUUUGAAGGACGUCACUCUAAAGGCGUAGCCAAAACUGUUACCAAGCAACGCGUAGAAUCGCAUUUCGACUUGGAGUUAAGAGCAUCUGUUAUGCACGAUAUUGUAGAUAUGAUGCCAGAAGGUAUUAAGCAGAACAAAGCGCGUACUAUAUUGCAACACUUAUCAGAAGCUUGGCGUUGUUGGAAGGCCAAUAUACCAUGGAAAGUACCGGGGUUGCCAAUACCAAUUGAAAAUAUGAUUUUACGUUAUGUUAAAAUGAAAGCUGAUUGGUGGACAAAUACAGCCCAUUACAAUCGUGAACGUAUUAGACGAGGUGCGACUGUAGAUAAAACAGUUUGUAAAAAAAAUUUGGGGCGCCUGACACGUUUAUAUCUUAAAGCUGAACAAGAACGCCAACAUAAUUACCUAAAAGAUGGACCGUACAUAUCACCUGAGGAAGCUGUAGCUAUAUAUACAACAACAGUUCAUUGGUUGGAGUCACGUCGUUUCGCACCCAUACCAUUCCCACCACUUUCAUAUAAGCAUGACACAAAACUGCUAAUCUUAGCACUUGAACGCUUAAAAGAAGCUUAUAGCGUUAAAUCGCGUCUUAAUCAAAGUCAACGUGAAGAAUUAGGACUUAUUGAGCAAGCUUACGAUAAUCCACAUGAAGCUCUAUCUCGUAUUAAGCGUCAUUUACUUACACAACGUGCAUUUAAAGAGGUUGGUAUCGAAUUCAUGGACUUAUAUAGCCAUUUAAUACCGGUUUAUGAUGUGGAACCUUUAGAGAAAAUAACUGAUGCUUAUCUAGAUCAGUAUCUGUGGUACGAAGCAGAUAAACGUCGUUUAUUCCCACCAUGGAUCAAACCUAGUGAUACCGAACCUCCACCAUUGUUAGCUUAUAAAUGGUGCCAAGGAAUCAACAAUCUUCAAGAGGUUUGGGAUGUUAAUGAGGGCGAAUGCAAUGUUCUUCUAGAAUCACGCUUCGAAAAACUUUAUGAGAAAAUUGACUUGACUUUACUUAAUCGUUUGUUACGUCUAAUUGUUGAUCAUAACAUUGCCGAUUAUAUGACAGCCAAAAACAAUGUUGUUAUUAAUUAUAAGGAUAUGAAUCAUACAAACAGUUAUGGCAUUAUACGCGGAUUACAAUUUUCAUCGUUUAUAACACAAUAUUAUGGUUUGGUGUUAGACUUGCUUGGUCUUGGCUUACACCGUGCAAGUGAAAUGGCUGGUCCGCCACAAAUGCCAAAUGAUUUUCUCACUUUUCAAGAUACUGUUACAGAAACAGCUCAUCCAAUUCGACUAUACUGUCGUUAUGUAGACCGUAUUCACCUUUUCUUCAGGUUUACAGCAGAAGAGGCACGUGAUUUGAUACAACGCUACUUAACUGAACACCCAGAUCCAAAUAAUGAGAAUAUUGUUGGUUACAAUAAUAAAAAAUGUUGGCCUCGCGAUGCACGAAUGCGUCUUAUGAAACAUGACGUUAAUCUUGGACGUGCAGUUUUCUGGGAUAUUAAAAAUCGACUUCCCCGUUCGGUUACUACAAUUAAUUGGGAAAAUACUUUUGUUUCAGUUUAUUCUAAAGAUAAUCCAAAUCUGCUUUUCAAUAUGAGCGGUUUCGAAUGCAGAAUUUUGCCAAAGUGUCGCACUCAAAAUGAGGAAUUCACACAUCGGGAUGGUGUUUGGAAUUUACAAAACGAAGUAACUAAAGAACGUACGGCACAAUGUUUCCUACGUGUUGAUGACGAAUCAUUAGGACGUUUUCACAAUCGUGUUCGUCAAAUUUUAAUGGCAUCUGGUUCCACGACAUUUACAAAAAUUGUAAACAAAUGGAAUACUGCAUUAAUAGGUCUAAUGACGUAUUUCCGUGAAGCGGUUGUAAAUACGCAAGAGCUUUUGGAUUUGCUUGUUAAAUGUGAAAACAAAAUUCAAACACGUAUAAAAAUUGGUCUUAAUUCGAAAAUGCCCUCGAGAUUUCCACCUGUUGUGUUUUAUACUCCCAAAGAGUUGGGUGGAUUAGGUAUGUUGAGUAUGGGUCACGUGCUUAUACCCCAGUCUGAUCUUAGAUGGUCCAAGCAAACAGAUGUGGGAAUAACACAUUUCCGUUCUGGUAUGUCUCAUGAUGAGGAUCAAUUAAUUCCGAAUUUGUAUCGUUACAUACAACCAUGGGAAAGUGAAUUUAUCGAUUCUCAACGCGUUUGGGCUGAAUACGCACUUAAACGACAAGAAGCAAAUGCACAAAACCGUCGUUUAACUUUAGAGGAUCUUGAAGACAGUUGGGACCGUGGCAUACCACGCAUUAAUACGCUUUUCCAAAAAGAUCGACAUACUCUAGCUUACGAUAAAGGUUGGCGUAUACGUACUGAAUUUAAACAAUAUCAAGUACUUAAACAAAAUCCUUUCUGGUGGACCCAUCAGCGCCAUGACGGAAAAUUGUGGAAUUUGAAUAAUUAUCGUACUGAUAUGAUACAAGCGCUAGGAGGCGUGGAAGGUAUAUUGGAACAUACACUCUUUAAGGGUACAUAUUUCCCAACAUGGGAAGGUUUAUUCUGGGAAAAGGCUUCUGGAUUUGAAGAAUCUAUGAAAUACAAAAAAUUGACUAAUGCACAACGUUCUGGUUUGAAUCAAAUUCCCAAUCGCCGUUUUACACUUUGGUGGUCGCCCACAAUCAACCGUGCUAAUGUCUAUGUCGGUUUUCAGGUACAACUGGAUUUAACUGGUAUUUUUAUGCACGGUAAAAUUCCCACAUUAAAAAUUUCGCUUAUUCAAAUAUUUCGUGCACAUUUAUGGCAAAAAAUUCAUGAAUCUAUUGUUAUGGAUUUGUGUCAGGUUUUUGAUCAAGAAUUAGAUGCACUUGAAAUUGAAACAGUACAAAAGGAAACAAUUCAUCCGCGUAAAUCGUAUAAAAUGAAUUCAUCAUGUGCGGAUAUUUUGCUUUUCCCAGCCUAUAAGUGGAAUGUUUCAAGACCUUCACUGCUAGCAGAUUCUAAAGAUACCAUGGAUAAUACAACCACACAAAAAUAUUGGCUGGAUAUACAGCUACGUUGGGGUGAUUAUGAUUCCCAUGACGUGGAACGGUAUGCACGUGCCAAAUUUCUUGACUAUACAACAGAUAAUAUGUCAAUUUAUCCAUCGCCUACAGGUGUACUAAUUGCCAUUGAUUUAGCAUAUAAUUUGCAUUCAGCUUAUGGCAAUUGGUUCCCAGGUUGUAAAACACUUAUACAACAAGCGAUGGCCAAAAUAAUGAAAGCGAAUCCAGCUUUGUAUGUACUACGUGAACGUAUACGCAAAGCAUUGCAAUUGUAUUCUUCAGAACCCACUGAACCUUAUUUGAGUUCACAAAAUUAUGGUGAACUCUUCUCAAACCAAAUUAUUUGGUUCGUUGAUGAUACAAAUGUAUACCGCGUAACUAUUCACAAGACGUUUGAAGGUAAUUUAACAACGAAACCCAUUAAUGGAGCAAUUUUCAUUUUUAAUCCACGUACGGGUCAACUGUUUUUGAAAAUUAUUCAUACAUCGGUAUGGGCUGGCCAAAAACGUUUAGGCCAGUUGGCAAAAUGGAAAACAGCUGAAGAAGUUGCUGCUUUGAUUCGUUCACUGCCCGUAGAAGAACAACCAAAGCAAAUUAUCGUGACACGUAAAGGCAUGUUGGAUCCACUUGAAGUUCAUUUAUUAGAUUUUCCGAAUAUUGUAAUUAAAGGUUCUGAACUUCAAUUACCAUUCCAGGCUUGUCUUAAAGUGGAGAAAUUCGGUGAUCUUAUACUUAAAGCUACUGAACCUCAAAUGGUUUUGUUCAAUUUAUAUGAUGAUUGGCUUAAAACCAUAUCCUCAUACACUGCUUUCAGUCGUUUAAUUUUGAUAUUGCGCGCACUUCAUGUUAAUACUGAACGUACGAAAAUCAUAUUAAAGCCAGACAAAACGACAAUAACCGAGGCACAUCAUAUUUGGCCAACGUUAACCGAUGAAGAAUGGAUAAAAGUUGAAGUUCAACUUAAAGAUUUAAUUCUUGCUGAUUACGGUAAAAAGAAUAAUGUUAACGUGGCCUCACUGACGCAAUCUGAAAUCCGUGAUAUAAUACUUGGUAUGGAAAUCAGCGCGCCCUCAGCCCAGCGUCAGCAAAUUGCUGAAAUUGAAAAACAAACAAAGGAACAAAACCAAUUGACUGCAACUACUACGAGAACGACGAAUAAACAUGGCGAUGAAAUUAUUACCUCAACUACAUCCAAUUAUGAAACGCAAACUUUCAGCUCCAAAACAGAAUGGCGCGUACGUGCUAUUUCAGCAACAAAUUUACACUUGCGUACGAAUCAUAUCUACGUGAGCUCAGAUGACAUUAAGGAAACUGGAUAUACGUAUAUAUUACCAAAGAACAUACUGAAAAAGUUUGUUACUAUAUCGGAUUUGCGUGCACAGAUUGCGGGAUAUUUGUAUGGCGUCAGUCCACCAGAUAAUCCUCAGGUAAAAGAAAUACGCUGCAUUGUCAUGCCACCACAAUGGGGUACGCACCAAACGAUCAAUCUGCCAAACACGUUACCAACCCAUCAAUACCUCAAAGAUAUGGAACCAUUAGGUUGGAUACAUACUCAACCAAAUGAAUUGCCACAAUUAUCACCGCAAGAUAUAACAACACAUGCUAAAAUUAUGCAAGAAAAUUCUACGUGGGACGGUGAAAAAACAAUUGUCAUCACUUGCUCAUUUACACCGGGUUCUUGUUCGCUAACAGCUUACAAACUAACACCUUCUGGUUUUGAGUGGGGCUCUAAAAACACCGACAAGGGCAACAAUCCCAAAGGUUAUUUACCGUCACAUUAUGAACGAGUACAAAUGUUGUUAUCAAACAAAUUUCUUGGGUUCUUUAUGGUGCCUGCACAGGGCAGCUGGAAUUAUAAUUUCAUGGGUGUACGUCAUGACGCAAAUAUGAAGUAUGAAUUACAAUUAGCAAAUCCAAAAGAAUUCUAUCAUGAAGUUCAUCGCCCAUCUCAUUUCCUCUUAUUCUCUAACUUAGAAGAUGGUGGUGAUGGUGCAGGCGCAGAUAGGGAGGAUGUAUAUGCUUAAGUAUUUAAUGUGUGUUUUAAUUUUUAAUUUGAAUUGAUGUGUUUUAUUUUCUUCUAAUAAAAAAGUCACUUUAAACUUAGAUUAAGAUUAUCAAAUUAGAAUAAGAAAUAGUUUAGUUUAUAAAUUUUAGGAUUCUGACAUUUUUUUGACAUUUAAUCAAAUAUUGCAGUCAAAUUAAAAAUGUAUUCAGUAAGCAUUUUAAAAAUCUGAUGUGUUAUAACAAAAACCCUACCAUUUUUGAAAU